AUGUUGGAGCCCUGGGAUGAGGUUCUCAUCCGGGAGAAGGAAAGCCAAUCAUGUGCAGACGACGUAGAGACGAUCAAGACAACAUGCGCCAAAGAGCAUGGAAAGAGACACGUCUCAGAAUGUUCAGAAUGUUGGAGCCGGCUGGUCAACCGGAUGCGAGAUCGAUAUCUCAACUCAGCCACCCAGGAAUGGUUUUCUGGCAGGCGCUUAUUUCUACAAGAACUCGACACCUUGUUUGCGCAAGCCCAUGAGCACAAAAUCGACCUCAAGGCGAUAGACGAACGCAUUUUCGAACAAAAGCAGGAAUGGUUUCGAGAAAAGGUCAAAAACAUGGGUCUCCAGGCGGCGACUAAGACACCGUCCGAAACCCGGGAAUUGCAGCAACUGCUCAAUGACAAAGGCAUACCUGUCGAACAGCUUUCAUCAAAUUUGCGCGGGGCCUUUCGCGACGGACUCGUCAACAACGAGAAAGCAUCCAACGAGUUUCUGGACCGGUUGAGCAACACCAAAACGCCCCAGGAGAGGAACGAGGCUUGCGUAGACAUCUUCUUCCAGCCCACACACGACCCCGACGGUGCGGCAAAGGCGCAGAAAUACAUUGACAUGGUACACAACGGCACACCAGUGGCUGAUGUCAUCAGUGCCAUGCUUCGGGACCGGCAAACGUCUAAGGGUAAUCAGGACCAGAGGCAGGCUCUGGAGAAGAAGCUGGAGGAGUUGCGCAGAGCUAAAGCGGCCCACGAGGCGGAUAAAGCAAAGAAGGCGAAGAUUCGGCAGGAGAAGGCAGAUGCAGCCGCUGCUGCAUCAGAGCCUGAUUUCCCUCUUCCGCCGUGUGCGUUUUGCUCGAAAGCAGUCAAUACCGCGGGAUUUGUGCCGUGUUACAUCUGUCUAGUGCUCUCCGAGCAUUACCGGCUGCAGGAUGAGCCGAUAGUCUUCUGCUCAGACGAUGGGCCUCAUAUGGAAGCCUAUGAAUCGCAUUGCAAGACACAUCAUUGUUCAUCUGACCAAGAAUGUCGGAGGCUUCAAGAUGAGGACGUCAUGAUGGACGACGGGAGUAGUAUCGACCCCGUGUUCUGCCAGGAAUGUGUCGAUGUUUUGAAGCUUCCGUCGCUUUUCUGCUCUGCUCAAUGUUUCGAUGCAAACUUUGAUAUGCAUUGCGAUAGGAUACACAAGGAACUUGAUGAUAAUGAGAUUGGGCAGUUCGGGUGUGUGAGCUUGAGUGAUGCGACGAGAGAGUGGGAGCAGAAGACGGGUGCUUUCAAUGUAUGA